AAGGAUAUAUUGGAAGUGAAAAAGUAAGGUUAAAAAAAAAAGCUAUAGAACACAUCAUCUGUCAGUUCGCUUAUAUACUCUUUUGAUACUAUAGCUCCGCGUUGAUGGUGAAGAAAAUGAGAUAUUACGCUCGGUUCAUCAUUGUAUGCUUUUUAUUGAAUAAGGAUGAGAAUGUUCGUCAAUUGAUUGCCGAAUUGGAAGGGUUAAUAGAGGAAUAUGCAAAAUGCUUCAAACCUCCAGAUGCCAAGGAAUGGCAACUGGUUUUGGAAGAAAUAGUUACGUUUACAGAAGCAGAAAAAAAGUUAGUACCUAUCAACCUUGAUAGAACUCCAGGGAAAAUAGAGCAUCGCCUACCAGCUGUUAUCCCUGAGCGGAAUAUUGGCGCUGGUAUACCAAAGCUGAAAUUGCAAGAGGCUAUUUUAGUAGGGAAUUACGAUAAACAGCUCAAAUUUUCAGAAUUAACGUUGGAUAUGUACCGAAUGCUUCAAUCUCUUGAGAGAGAACCGUCUACCUCACACCCUUCCGUUGCUGCUACUACCAGUAAAGUAGAUGCUGCUUCGUCUAAUAAAAAAGAUACAACCACAAGUAGCAAAGAGGAUGCGUUUAAUACAUCUACCGCAAAAGCAGCUUUUUCCAGUAGCAAUGCAGUCAAUGUUUCUAAUGCUGCUGAAAAAUCUGUACGAAGAUCGAAUCCCCAUAAAUAUCUUCUCUAUCGACCUUCACUUAGUCAGUUGAUGGUUUACAUCUCCACAGCAUUUAAAGACACCAAUGAUAACUCUGCUUUAUUCUUAUACUUGUCAGCGGAUGGUUAUUCAAAUGAUACAGAACAAGUGAUACCAGGCUAUAGAGGUGGUGUGCUUACAAGUGCCCGUACAAUAAAUAAGGGAUCUACGGCCUCAGAGCGAACAGUAGCCAAUAAUCCAACGUCGAAUCAGCCUUCCACAACAACGGGUGGCAUAGGAACUGCAUCUUCUUCAACAACAACAACAACCAAUAAUAACAACAGUACUUCAGCUGCUGGCUCCAACUCGAACGCUACCUCUUCUGUAAUUACAAAUAACAACACUUCUGCUCAAAAUAAUAAUGUGGGUGGCAGUACUUCCACCAGUAACAGUAUUAAUAACACAGCAGCAACAGCAGGGACAACGGCAACCGCAAUAGGCUCUGGACGAAACAUGGAACACUCGAUCCAUCCUCCAUCUGCGCAUUGCUUACAUCCAGCGGAUUUAAUCCCCUUUACCAGAAAGCCUCUUUUCUUAAUUGUCGAUAGUGAGAAAAGUACUCAAUUUAGAAAUAUGCCUAACGUGUUUGAUCAACCUGUCAUGUGUCUCAUGUCACCCGUUGAGUAUCCUUCAUCUGUUCAGGAUAAAUGCGAAAUAGGUAGCUUGUUUACCUUAUUCUUGCACACGCCUGUAUUAGGAUUUUGUUCUAUAUCUGAUAUUGGUAACCUGGACCAGCAGAAAUGGGACGAGUGUGUUAGGAAAAUAUCUGCUAUGGAAAAGACGAUUGGCGACCAACUCCUUGUCGACAGCAAUGUUGAUACGAAUAUCAAGAGAUUUAUGUCAGAUGAUUUUUUAUAUUAUUUUAUUGUAAGGUUUGUCCUCUGCGGUAUCUUUCUCAGAUAUCAUUCAUCAUUCAAAGAUGAAAAGUCGUUCCCUUCAUCAUUGCCGCAUUUGCCCGAGACUAUCUAUGUGUCGACCGAUAUAGUGACGAUGCUUGCAGAGUUAACGGCCAUUGCGGAUGUUGGAACUUAUUUCAGUCUUCCGACUUACGCCACUGUAUCAGUUACCGCCAAUGUUUCCUCGACAUCGCCUCCUCCGGCUCCGGCCUCUGUUUCCAGCAAUACGAAUAACAACACGGGAGGAAGUGUGGGCAUGCCAUCAUCACCACCUCUAAACGCAGCAGCUCCUACUGAUUUUUAGCUUACGCGAACAUGAAAAGACAAAUAAAGAAAAAAAAAUGAAUGCAGUAGAAAGACAUGUAUUUGAUCAUUCCCUUUAUUGUUAGUAAACUUAAAUAAACUGAGACUAAACGUAUGCUAAACAUCAAAAUAUUUAGCUUUAUAAAUAUCUAAUGACA